AUGAGCGAUGUAUGGUGUAUGACGCGUGUCGGCAAAACUGUCGACAGACAUCGCCUCUACGACCUGCAAAAGCUCCCGAAGCCUGUCCACCCGAUGCAGAUUUUUGACUUUGAGGAGCUACACAGUACCAUCGGAUUUUGGCCUUCGUCGUACUGCUACGAGACAACGAACGAUAAUGAGGCGAGAGAGGCCGAGUGGGCCCGUGACUCCGAAGGGAUUCGCAUCAGGGACGACAAUGGUCGGCUCCGCCAUAAAUGCGAGAUCGAGUGUGAUGAAUGGCUCGUGGAGACUUUCGGCCCGUUUGAGGAGGGGAGAUACUCAGUCUACAAGACUUUGUACCUGAUACAAGAGGCGGAGGAAAGGGCGAGGGAGACAGCGGCGAAGGAGGCAUUCGCGGUGGAGAAGGCGUUACGGGACUGGUUGAGGGACCCCGUGAAGGAGGCCGAGGAGGCAGCAGAGUGGGCCGCUGUGAAGGAGAAAUCGAUGAAGCUGGCGAUGGAUGCAGUGGUUUCUGCGGCCAAGAGAGCCUUUAAAGAUGCGCACGCUGAGUGGUACGAGGAGAAAGAGAGGCAGGAGCAGAAGGGUGGACAGAUCGAGGAUGUUGCCAUUGAUGUCACGGACGAUGCCACCGCCGAUGAUAAUAACAACGACGACGACGACGACGGCGACGACGAUGAUGAUGACUAUGACGAGGACGACAAUGACAACGAGGAUGAGAUCGACUACUUCCCCCAGUUCUUCGGGGCUCAUGAGGAUAGAGAGGUUAGAGAGGCUGUGGCAUUUCAAAAAGCGCAAGAGCUUCGCGACCUCAAGGACGCUCUGAGAAAUCUGCGGGCGGAAGACGCCGGAAGCUCACGCGACUUACCAGACGUUGAGCAGUUUCAAGGCGUUCUGAAAUUGUCAGGGGAAGUGUGA